AUGGCACAUCCUUCCAUUUACAAGACAGAGGAGGCCAAACAAGCGGCAGGUCAUGAAAGACGCCGACGGCAUUAUGCCAAAAACAAAGAUAAUAUACUGAAAAGGCGGCGAGAACUUCGCAUCACCAAGCCAUCGCAAGAGAUACAGGAGAUCCAAAAAGCCCUUGCCGAAGCCUUGGGCUAUUCAGAUGAAGAGGAUACCGAGAUGGUGACAGAUGAUGACGAGAACGUCAACUUAUCGGAUCUCCCGGGGUGCCUGCUCGCUCUCAAACGCAUCAAGGAUGAGAUGCUGGCAUUAAUCCAAGAACCCUGCACUUUCACAGAGGGCGUCCUCCUUCAGUACAUCAAAACCCUACCAGAUGAUGCGCAUGGCAAGGGUGACACCUCAAUUGUCAAAACUGCAAAAGCUAAGGUUGAAGCCCUACUCCGACGCGCAAUUCCCGUGGUGGAUUCGAUCAAGGAUUUCUGUGAUGUGUCAGAUCAGUCUUAUGCCGCUGAUUCGGUCUCCCGAUACUUAAGUACCCACUCGCUUAUCUAG